AUGAAGUUUCGCGAUGGGAUGUGGCUUGUUGCGGAGGGCAUGCAGGUUGAGUAUGCCGAAGAAGUAUACGAGACCAAUCCGACCGAAAACGGACUGAGCCUCCUCUGUCCAUCGAGAAAGAUAUUCUCCCGAGGCGAUACGCUUAACCGUAGCACUUUAAAGAUCGACAUUGAAGCAGCUUUCGAUGGAGUCAUCUCGGUGGAGACAACCCAUUGGGCCGGUGCAGUAAAUCGUGGGCCGCACUUCGAGCUCUAUCCCAACGGUCGCCCGAAAGUGGAAGCCAAGAUUUCCAAGAGCGACAAAGGCACAUCCCUCUCGUCCGGCUCCCUGUCAGCCACCAUACAUCCGGAUCAGCACAAUUUUGACAUCCGAUUCCACAGUACAGAUGGGUCGAAGCAGCUCACAUCGCUCCUGAGCCGCAGUGUCGGACUGGCCUAUAAUCCAGCACCUAGCAACCCAUUGCAGACCGGUGAUAUGCGAGACUUCAAGCACUACAUCUUCACACAAACAACUUUGGGUGUAGGGGAGUCCGUCCACGGUCUUGGAGAACGUUUCGGUGCCUUCAACAAGGUUGGACAGUCUGUGCAGCUAUGGAACGCUGACGGAGGCACCUCGAGUGAUCAAGCAUACAAGAACGUGUCGUUCUGGCUCAGCUCCAAGGGUUACGGUAUAUUCAUAGAUACUCCGGGCAAAGUCGAUCUAGAAAUCGGAAGCGAACGGACCAACCGUGUUCAAACCAGCAUCGAGGGGCAAAGACUGAAGUGGUAUAUCAUCUAUGGCCCGACGCCCAAGGAGGUGCUGCAACGAUACUCGAUUUUGACUGGGAAACCUGGCAAAGUGCCCAGUUGGAGCUUUGGCUUGUGGCUAAGUACGAGCUUUACCACCAACUAUGAUGAAGCCACUGUGAACUCGUUCCUCGAAGGCAUGAAGGAGCGAGACACGCAAGUUGAUGUAUUUCACUAUGAUUGUUUCUGGAUGAAGGCAUUCACCUGGUCCGAUUUCGUCUUUGACGCCGAAAGGUUCCCUGAUCCCAAAAGCCAGAUCACCAGGCUCAAGUCCUCUGGUCUGGCUAAUAAGGUCUGCGUAUGGAUCAACCCAUAUAUUGCUCAGCAUGGUGCAGCAUUCGAGACAGCAGCAAAGAACGGGUACCUGCUCAAGAGAAAGAAUGGAGACAUUUGGCAGUGGGACCUGUGGCAGGCCGGCAUGGCUCUCGUCGAUUUCACAAACCCUGAGGCCGUCAAAUGGUACGUAGAGUGCCUAAACGGUCUAUUCGACCAGGGAGUCGACGCGAUCAAGACAGACUUUGGCGAGCGCAUCCCCUCGUUGGACGUUGAGUGGUUCGACAAGUCCCUUGACCCCAAGAAGAUGCAUAACUACUACGCCUUCAUCUACAAUAAGGUUGUGUACGAAGCCCUCCAGCAACGGUAUGGCGAUGACCAGGCUGUGCUUUUCGCAAGAUCGGCAUGUGCCGGCACUCAGCGGUUCCCUCUCCAAUGGGGCGGCGACUGCGAGUCAACCGCUGAGGCCAUGGGUGAAUCUGUUCGUGGUGGUCUAUCGCUGGGUCUCUCUGGUUUUGCAUUUUGGUCAGUCGACAUUGGCGGUUUCGAAGGCUAUCCCCCACCGUGGAUCUACAAGCGCUGGGUCGCGUUCGGACUUUUAUGCUCGCAUAGUCGUCUCCAUGGCAGUGGUUCAUAUCGUGUCCCUUGGACCAUUGACAACGAUGACAAGAGUGAAGAAGGCUGCUCACGUACGCUUUCGAAAUGGACUGCUCUGAAGACGCGUCUCAUGCCGUACCUGUUUGCGCAAGCAGCCAAGGCAAUCGACCAGGGUAUUCCGCUAUCUCUUCGCGCAAUGUGCCUGGAGUUUCCGGAAGAUCCGACUGCCUGGUACCUAGACCGUCAAUUCAUGGUCGGAGACAGCAUAUUGGCUGCUCCAAUCUUUGACGAGUCCGGCGAGGUCGAAUUUUACCUGCCAAAGGGCAAGUGGACUUGCUUCUUCACUAACAAGACCCGUGAUGGCCCAGGGUGGUUCAAGGAGAAGCACGGAUUCUGCAGUCUUCCAUUGUAUGUCCGAGAGAAGACCGUGCUGGUGCUGGGCAAGUCGGAUAUUAGGGGCGUCGUCUAUGAUUAUGCUGCAGACGUUGAAGUUUGUCUUUAUCAUAUUGAGGAAGGUGCGGGUGCUGAUUUACGUGAUAAUGCUGGCAAAACCCUCGGGUCCUUGAAGGUUGAUGCCCAGGGAGAACUCAAGGGGACUGAAAUUCUGAAGGGGUCGUGGCAGACGAGCAAGGAUGGCCGCAAGAUCGAUGAUUCCUAUUCGGAAACAAUCCAAUGGUUGUGA